GGUCAUGGGCGGCCGCGGGCCCGGAGGCGGCCGGGCUGAGCCCUGCUGAGCCCGCCCCGCCCGCCAUGGGCGACCGCGAGCGCAACAAGAAGCGGCUUCUGGAGCUGCUGCAGGCUGCGGGCACCGGCAACGCGCACUGCGCCGACUGCGGGGCGGCGGAUCCCGACUGGGCCUCUUACAAGCUGGGAAUCUUCAUCUGUCUCCACUGCUCUGGCGUCCACCGCAACUUCCCGGACAUCAGCAAAGUUAAAUCCGUGAGACUCGACUUCUGGGACGACAGUAUUGUGGAGUUUAUGACUCACAAUGGGAACCUCCGCGUGAAGGCCAAGUUCGAAGCCAGAGUCCCAGCUUUCUACUACGUCCCCCAAGCCAAUGACUGCCUGGUGUUAAAGGAACAGUGGAUUCGAGCUAAGUAUGAGAGACAGGAGUUUAUGGCUGAUGGGAAAGCGGUCCCUCCCCCAGGUAACCGAGAAGGAAUCCUGUGGAAGCGGGGAAAGGACAAUGCACAGUUUCUGAGAAGGAGAUUUGUCCUGCUGGCAAGAGAAGGACUCCUGAAGUACUACACCAAGGAGGAGAGUAAAGGCCCUAAAGCUGUCAUCAACAUCAAGGACUUGAAUGCCACUUUCCAGACAGAGAAGAUAGGGCACCCGCACGGGCUGCAGAUCACCUACAGGAGAGAGCGCCACAUCAGGAACCUGUUUGUGUACCACGAGAGUGGGAAGGAGAUAGUGGACUGGUUCAACGCCCUCCGCGCAGCCCGUCUGCAAUACUUAAAAAUGGCCUACCCCGAGCUUCCAGAGUCUGAGCUCGUGCCCUUCCUCACCAGGAACUACCUCAAACAAGGCUUCAUGGAAAAGACUGGUCCAAAGCAGAGAGAACCUUUCAAGAAAAGGUGGUUUGCCCUGGAUCCCCAGGAGCGGAGGCUGCUGUAUUACAAAAAUCCGCUGGAUGCCUUUGAGCAGGGCCAGGUUUUUAUCGGGAGCAAGGAGCAGGGGUACGAGGUCUCUGAAGACCUGCCCAAGGGCAUCCGAGGGAAUCGCUGGAAAGCCGGCAUCACCAUCGUUACCCCGGAGCGCAGAUUCAUCCUCACCUGUGCCACUGAGAAGGAGCAACGGGAAUGGCUGGAGAGUUUGCGGGAUGUCCUGUGCCGCCCCUUGACACCCCUCCACGUACCCACUGCAGUAACAGAGAGUGGCUGUAGCAGCAGGUGACCCAUCGGCUGGGGAGCUGGCUGGCCACCAGCCACCUACUGGAGCUCCUGGCAUAAAGGAGGAGUUCUUAUCUCUGAUCCAGUUGCCCAGCACGAGUGCCGCACAGCCAGCAGCCAGCUUGGCAGAACUCACUGCUGACACUGAAGCUGUGAUGGAUCUUCCUGCUCCUUGGCCCUUCCCUACUGCCCAGCCUCCAGAUCAGAGGACGUGGUACACAGUGAACACAUAUGUCACCCUGUCUUACAAACCAAGACUUGAAAUGUCCUGAAGGCCCAGAACCUGCUCAUCUGAAAUGGAGGCAUUGUAAUGAAAAAGCACCCACAGCAUCCUGCAAGUGGUGUUUUGAAAAAAAAAAAAAAUUAAUCUGAAUGUAAUCAUGAGGAAAUAAUCAGGCAGAUUCACAUUAGGUAUGCUCUGCUGAACAGCCAGCUGGGACUCUUCAAAAAGGUCCAUGUGAUGAAAGGUAAAAUAGUUUGGGAACUGUUGUAGGUCUGGCAACCAGAAACCAGAUGCAAUGUAUGAUUCUUGAGUAGGUCCUGGAUUUUAAAAAAAUAGCUGUAAAGCACAUAAUUAAGAUAAUUGAAGAAAUUUGAAUAUGGAUUUAUACUAGCUAAUAGGAUUGUAAGAUUAUGGUAUUCAUGCUGUAAUGGUAUAGGAAAAUAUUCCUGUCCUUAGGAGUUACGUGCUGAAGUGAAAUGUAAUGAUGUCUAUGACUAAUUCCUAAAAGAUUCAGCAAAAACAAGUGUAUGUAUAAGUAUAUGAAUACAGUGUGUGUAUGUAUAUAUAUA